AUGUCUGAGAAUCCGAAUAGUGCCGGGGUCCCCGGUAGUCAGCAUUCUGAAUCAACCAAUAACAACUCAAGUGCCGGUAGUACUUCCACGGGUACCGGUAGUGGCUUACCAACAUCGUCAACAACAGGGCCAGGAGGUUCCAGGGCCACAGCAGCUCCAGUGAGAUCUAUAGGCGGAGUUAGUGGUGGUACCAAUAGUGGUACAGCUCCUGGAGGAGGAGGUGCUGCUAGAACAGCAGCUGCAGGUGCCAGAGGUCCUCAGCAACAAAUGAGUCAAGCUGAUUUAAAUAAGAUUGUUUUAGACUACUUGAGUAAGAAAGGGUAUCAUCGUUCUGAAGAGAUGCUUCGUAUGGAGAGUUCCAACAUGCCUACACCCGCGUCGGCAUUGCCUACUCCACAAACAACGUCCUUGGCGUCACCCAAUGAGAUGUUCAAGCAAGAACGGGAUUUGAGAGAUAAAUUGAACAAGAGUGAACGAGAAAUUAAGGAGCUAAAAGACAAGCAGAUGCGCGUGGAAAGAGAAUUAAGAGAUACGCGAGACCGUGAAGCCAAAUUGGCGAAGGAACAUCAAUUACGAGAAUUGAAAGAACAAGAGGAGAAAUUAAGAAAGGAAAAUGAUAGAGAUUUACUUUAUCGAUGUUAUAACAUGUUAAGAAAAUGGGUUGAUACAUCUUUGGAUUUGUACAAGCCAGAAUUAAUCCGUAUAACGUACCCAAUUUUUGUUCAUGGGUUUUUGGAAUUGGUGUCUAAGAAUUUCAUAGCAGAACUGAAGAAAUUUUUGGAUACUUUCCAAGAUGAUCAUAUUGUAUUGCAUGGAGACGAAAUCAAACAAUUGGCCGGUAUCAGUUUACCAGAUCAUUUGAAGGAAAAUGAAUUGGCACAAGCUUACAGAAAUAACAAAUACACCAUUAACGUUUCAAGAACUACGAUGAACUUAUUAUUAUAUUUCCUUCAUGAAAAUGAGGCUGUUGGAGGAGACGUUUUAAUCAGAAUAAUCAACCAGUAUAUAAACCCUGUUAUUGAUACUACGAGACCCGACAGAGUGAAUUUGGAAGGUGAAGCCGACCCCAACGAAGGGUUACCUGGAUUUUAUACUUCAUCUAAGACUAACGAGGUCGACAAGUUUAAUUCAAGUCAACCAGUAUCGUUGGGAAAGUUACCACAAGAUCCAGAAGUAUCCAAGGAAAUUGAAGCAGAGUUAAAAAUCAAAGAUGAAAACAGUGAACCUGUUAAUGGCAUUACUUUGGUUGAACAGUUUAAAGAAUUAACUGAGCCUGAUAAAGACUCACCUGCCCGUGAAUCCAUUCCCUUACCCUUAAAGGACUAUUCAGAUAUUAAAAGACAAAUAUUAGCUGUUGAAGAUUCUCGAUUAAAGAUACGGUUGGACACCAUUCAACCCAGUGCUCCCUCUGUGUGCAUGUAUACAUUUCAUAACACCAAUAACGAGAUGAACUGUCUUGAAUUUAAUGAAGAUUCAAACAUGAUUGCCGGGGGGUUCCAAGAUAGUUACAUUAAAUUGUGGAGUAUUGAUGGAAAGCCCUUGAAAUCGGUUUUCAAACGAGAUAAUCAUAAUCAAGACAAUACAAGAAAGUUAAUUGGUCAUAGUGGUCCAGUUUACGGCUUAUCUUUUUCACCUGACAACAAAUUUCUUUUAAGUUCAUCCGAAGACCGUACUGUUAGAUUAUGGUCUUUGGAUUCAUAUACUGCUUUGGUUUCUUAUAAGGGUCACAACCUGCCUGUUUGGGACGUUAAGUUUUCACCAUUUGGUCAUUACUUUGCAACUGCGUCCCAAGACCAAACGGCUCGAUUAUGGGCCACAGAUCAUAUUUAUCCGUUACGGAUUUUUGCUGGUCAUGUGAAUGAUGUUGAUUGCGUUGACUUCCAUCCUAAUGCUAACUAUGUGUUCACAGGUUCAAGUGACAAGACAUGUCGGAUGUGGGAUGUCCAAACUGGUAACUGUGUUAGAGUAUUUAUGGGACACACAGGAGCCGUUAACUGUAUGGCUGUUUCUCCUGAUGGUAGAUGGUUAGCUUCUGCAGGUGAAGAUACAGUUGUGAACAUUUGGGAUUGUGGAACUGGAAGAAGGUUGAAAACAAUGAGAGGUCAUGGAAGAUCUUCGAUAUAUUCUUUAGCAUGGUCAAGAGAUAACGCUGUAUUAGUUAGUGGAGGUGCAGAUAAUACAGUUAGAGUCUGGGAUGUGAAAAAGAAUACAGCUGAUGAAGGACCUACACCUGAAGCCUUUAUUAGUGAUGCUCCUACAGGCUCCAAUUUCACAGAAGCUAAUGGUACUGCUAAGGGAGACGGCCAAUCAAGUAAUAAUCAUGUUGGUGAGAAUUCUAAAGACGGCAAGGCCCAUACUAAGCCUGCUGAUAGAAGAAAGGAAAUAGUUUCAACAUCAGAUCAUAUGACGGUCUACUUCACUAAGAAGACACCUGUUUACAAGGUGCAUUUCACAAGAAGGAACUUGUGUUUAGCGGGUGGUGGUUUUCUUCCUUGA